CCCAUGUCAAUGAAAGACUGGACGGGUGUAUCACUGACCUGUGACCUUGGAACUAAAGCAAUUUACGCCUCUGUCUGUCUGUUACUGGAACAGUUUAAGGAGGAGCUUCGGAAACUGCCUGCAGUCUUUUUGUUCUGGUCUAGGCCUCUCUGUAUCUGGUAACCAAUCAAUGCUGACAUCACACCCAAAAGUGAAGAGAGUACAGGAAUAUGCAGUGGAUGUGACCCUGGACUCCAACACUGCUCAUCCACGUCUCAUUCUAUCAGAAGACAAGAAGAAGGUGUGGUGCGGUGAAAAGCAGCAACAUGUCCCCAACAACCGUGAGCGCUUUGACCGUGUAGUCUGUGUUCUGGGGCGUGAGGGCUUCAGCGGUGGCCGACACUACUGGGAGGUAGAAGUAGAUGGAAAGACCGACUGGGACCUGGGGGUGGCAAGUCAUUCCAGCAACAGGAAAGGAAAGAUCACAGUCAACCCCAGCAACGGCUACUGGUUUCUUAGCUUGCGGGACAGGAACAACUAUGCCUUCAGGACUGAGCCUUCCACUGCCCUACCCCUCAGCCUGAAACCUCAGAAGAUAGGGCUGUUUGUGGACUACGAAAAAGGCCAAGUGUCAUUUUAUAAUGUGGACGCAAAGAUGCACAUCUACACAUUUAUGGACAACUUCUCUGAGACCAUUUAUCCGUUCUUCAGUCCCUGUACCAACAAAACAGGCGAUAAUGAUGCUCCGUUGGUGAUCACACCUGUACUUCUUGACUGAACAGUGACUUGAGAAGGUUUUAUGACCAAACAACUGGUCCAUAAUGUGUUUUUUUUUUUUUGCCAUGUAAUUUGUCUGCUAGCACGUUGGCACUUCAAUGAUAACACAGAGUGCACUUUUACUGCUAAAAAUAGUGUUUUCACACCAACAAAUCUGCUAAUCUCGAUUAUUCUAUUGAAGUCGGCAUGAAAGGAAGUUGCGAUAGUCUUUUAUUCCCUAUUGUGACAUACAUCUGAGUGAAGUGGCUUCCUGAACAAGAAAAAAAGUAGGGCGGGACCUAAUUUUGUCCAUUGGGAAUUGGUUGGAUGGUUGUGGUUUGCUAUUGGUCGAUCUGAUAUGAGUGACAGUUUGUCCCGCCCUCAUGCCAGUAAACAUGUCAUCACAGAAGAGCUGUUGCUGCAAGAGGGAGGGCAAGUUAUUUCGAUUAAAAAUUACAAGGGCACAUGAAUUAAAAAAAAAAAAAAAACUUAUGAUGUGCACAGUUAAAUCAUUUAUAAUAAAUAGCCUACUGCAAUUUUGCAUUAAAAAAUAAGAAUUGUCCAUUUUGAUAUCAUGGUGACUUUAACAUAAAAUCAACAGGAAUUAAUCUUCACGAUAAAAAAAGACUUUACGUUUCUUGUCAAUUAAACAGCACUGCAAUCUACUAUGAAUAACAAUAUUGUGUACACUGUAUUGCUUGUUAGGCAUUGAAGAUGAAAUUAAUACUUUUAUAAAAGCUGGAUAUUAUGUUAGUUUGUAUCUUGGCUUCAUCCACCGUUGCAGGCCACACACUACUCGUGCAGUUCACACACACUGCACUUUAUGUUUCUGUUAUGAAGAGUGUACUUCUUCUGAGCAUGAUGAAAUAAACAUUUCAGUGUCAGAUGGCAAGUUACUGCAGGUAAUUUCACUCUUUAUGACAUUCCACCCUUUCUCUCUAUUUCAUACCGCCGAAAUAGCAAGACGAAGUUUAGCUACUGCUUACACUUACAUAAUAGGCCUACAUUACAACCACCGCGUGUCUGUUAAUGUUAAUGACACUGUAAUCAACACUAACUGUCUUUACAUUGUUGUUUUUGCCUCUCUUGGUAACUCCCAACCAAAUCCUAACGGUAUUUUCCUUCUGUACAUUGUUCGUGUUGAAGCAUGUCAAAGUAACAGUCGGAGAGAAAAUACCCGCGGGCUGACUGGAGACGGCGGGUCUGCGUUUCCUCAACGCUCCGCCAGAUGGCAGACCUACUGAGUGUAGCCUAUAACCGCACUCUUUUUCCCCACUAACGUUUCCUAACACAAACACGUGGUUUAAAAGGGCCUAGGUUUGUCUUCCGCCAUCUAUCCAAAGUGCUCUUUAUGACUUAUUGGCAUACAGAACUACAUAAAAACGACUUAACGUGUGUUGACCUGUUUUUCCUUGCCAAAAGAUCUCAUUGCCAAUAUGAGUAAAAAGUGAUCCAUAUGGAACAGAUUUAAGGAAGACCAGGGCUAGUUUUUACACAGGUCUAGUUGUCACUCGGGUAAUUUGUCCCAAAGGCAAUAUCUCUGUAGCUAUUCUUUUGUGUUUUAUAAUUGUUUUACUGUUUAAACUUUGCUGAACACUUAUAAUAGAUUGCUUAGUGGCAGGUUCCAUCGUGACAUGUCAAACUUGUCACGUCAAAAUGUUGUCACUAGUGUCACGUGUUCAGUUUUUUCGUUUGUUUUGUAGCCAAGACUUGUUAUGUGAGAUAUUUUGAAGAAUAUGGGUAACCAAACAGUUGAUGGGCCCCACUGACUUCCAUAGUAUGAAGAGAAAAAGAAAGAAAAAACCGCAAGUCAAUGCGGCCCAUUAACUGUUUGGUUAAUGACACUAUUCAAAAUAUCUACUUUUGUGUUUAGCAGAAAAAAAGAAAUUAAUACAGGUGUGGAACAACUUAAGGGUAAAUGAUGACAGAAGUUUUCAAUUUUGGGUGAAUUCAUCAACAAAUGAUUUUUUUUAAUUUCUUUUUGUGUGUGUGUGUGUGUGUGUGUGUGUGUGUGUGUGUGUGUGUGUGUGUGUGUGUGUGUGUGUUUUUCUUUGUAUUUAAUAAAAUCUUUGAUUUUGUAUUCUCUGGCACCACUUCUUUCUGUGGGUCUUAAGUAUUAUUGUUAUGUUUACUGUGUCAUUCUAAAACAUGUCUAAAACUAAUGUAUUAUAUAUGCCUACAAACUGUCUUUUGAAUUUAGAAUAACAGUAACUCAUUGUAAAGAAGAACUUUAAAAUAUACUGUAAAUGCCAUGUGAACUUAAAAAUUAGAUGUGUAUAUUGGGCAUUCAGGGUCUAAAAAUAAAUACAAAUAUGAAUGAGGAUCAGAAAUUAACCAGGCCUUAGAUCGAAAUGCCCGAGUAUUUAAAAUAAAGGGACAAAAAUG